UCACCUGCAGAUCCAAGGCUUUGGAGGAGAAGGCUGGAAUGUGGCAGGACAGGAUGGGGCACCAGAAGGGCGCUCGGCUCUUCCUGUCCUCGUCGGGGCAGAGCCAGCCCGGCUGGUUCUCAUCCCCUGCGGAAAACCGGGAACACCGGGAUCACCCCAAAUCCCCCUCUGGGAUCCAUCCCCACCCCAAUCCACCGCUUCCCAUGGAGCUGGGAUCUGUCCCAUCCCAUUGGAAUUAUUGCAGUGUGGAGGGGGGAAAAAAAUCCCAAAUAAACAAAUUUAUGGGAAAAAAUUCCAUUGUAAGGCAUUCCCUGACGUCAGGUUGGGAUGGGGGUUCUGGCUCGUGGAUAUGGGAUGUCCAACCUCAGAAAGCUCCCAAACCUUCCCCAAAACCUUCCCAACCUCCUUCAAAACCUCCCAGAUCUCCCCAAACUUUUCCAAAACCUCCCAAACCUUCUCCAGAAGCUCCCAAAUGUCCUCCAAAACCUCCAAAACCCUCCCCAAAACCUUCUCCAGAACCUCCCCAAACUUCCCCAAAACCUCCCAAACCUCCAGAACCUCCCCAACAUUCCUCAAACUUUUCCAAACUUUCUCCAGAACCUCCCCAGCCUUCCCAGAAAAUUCCCAAGCCUUCUCCACAAGGUUCCCCAAAGCCCCCAGACCUUCUCCAGAACAUCCCCAAACCUCCAGAACGUCUCCAACAUUCCCCAAACUUUUCCAAACCCUCUCCAGAACUUCCCCAAACCUCCAGAACCUCCCCAACAUUCCCCAAACCUCCAGAACCUUCCCAGCCUUCUUAGAACCUCCCGAAAACCUUCUCCAGAACCUCUCCAACAUUCCCAAAACUUUUCCAAACAUUCUCCAAAAACCUCCCCAAGCCUUCACCAGAACCUCCCCAAAAUCUUCUCCAGAACCUCCCCAACCUUCCCAGAAAAUUCCCAAACCUUCUCCACAAGGUUCCCCAAAGCCCCCAGACCUUCUCCAGAACCUCCCCAAACCUCCAGAACCUCCCCAACAUUCCCCAAACUUUUCCAAAGCUUCUCCAGAACCUCCCCAACAUUCCCAGAAAAUUCCCAGACCUUCUCCACAAGGUUCCCCAAAGCCUCCCAAAUCUUCUCCAGAAAAUCCCCAAACCUCCAGAACUUCCCCAACCUUCCCAGAAAAUUCCCAAAUCUUCUCCAAAAGCUUCCCCAAAGUCUCCCAAACCUUCUCCAGAACCUCCCCAAACCUCCAGAACCUCCCCAACAUUCCCCAAACUUUUCCAAACUUUCUCCAGAAACUCCCCAAACCACCCCAAAGAUUCCCCAAACUUUUCCAAACCUUCUCCAAAAACCUUUCAAACGUUCUCCAGAACCUUCCCAACCUUCUCAGAAAACUCCCAAGCCUUCUCCACAAUCUUCCCCAAAGCCUCCCAAACCUUCUCCAGAACCUCCCCAAACCUCCAGAACCUCCCCAACAUUCCCCAAACCUUCUCCAGAGCCUCCCCAAACCUCUGGAAUCUCCUCCCCAACAUUCCUCAAGUUUUUCCAAACCUUCUCCAGAGCCUCCCCAACCUUCCCAGAAAAUUCCCAGACCUUCUCCAGAAGGUUCCCUAAAGCCCCCAGACCUUCUCCAGAACCUCCCCAAACCUCCAGUACCUCCCCAACCUUCCCAAAAAAUUCCCAAACCUUCUCCACAAGGUUCCCCAAAGCCUCCCAAACCUUCUCCAGAACCUCCCCAACCUUCCCAGAAAAUUCCCAGACCUUCUCCAGAAG